AUGUUUCGUCACACUCUUAACAAGCGACUAUGCCAACGCACUUUCCAUUCCUCCAUGCGUACGUGGAGCAAAGGAGCAAAAGAUGACGAGGCAGCUCAAACAGCCAAAAAGUACGUGGGCAAGAUUCACGAAGAAGAGAAAUCCAAGGAGCCACAUCCAUCACCCAUAUCCCAAAAGUCCCGCGAGAAAUAUUCCGAAAUGGAGAAGAAGACACAGGAGCAUGAUGAGAAGAAACAAAAAUGA